AAAUAUUGCGUCACCAUAAUUUCCCCAAACAAUACCAGAAGUGUCGUUUUCCUAAUCUCCAUUCAUUUGCCUAAAUACUGAACAUUUUCGACAUAUUUCAACGUUUUAUCCCGAGUCGUCUGUCAUGACUGGCGUUAUGGAAACAGAGGAGCAAGCAAGAAACCGUUUCCAGUUGGAGCUGGAGUUUGUUCAGUGCCUCGCUAACCCAAACUACCUGAACUUUCUGGCUCAAAGAGGUUACCUGAGAGAGAAGCCUUUUGUGAAUUACCUUAAAUAUCUACUUUACUGGAAAGAACCAGAAUAUGCUAAAUUCCUGAAAUACCCUCAUUGUCUGCACAUGUUAGAGCUGUUGCAGUAUGAGCACUUCCGGAAAGAGCUGGUAAAUGCACAAUGUGCCAAGUUCAUAGAUGAACAGCAGAUCCUGCACUGGCAGCAUUACUCACGAAAGCGCACACGGCUACAGCAGGCUCUCGCGGAGCAGCAGCAGCAGCAACAGCAGCCACAGGCUCCAUCCCACGGCAACGCCACCUCCAAAUGAGGCAGUCAACAUACUCCUGCUGGGAUUUACUCUAUUUUACAGAGGCAUUUUUGUAAAUGGUCCAUUUUCAAGUGGACUUUUAAAGUUUUGGACUAGGACUAUCAGACUGCUCUCUGUAGGCCCAUAAUGUUAGGUCUGUUUAUGAACCAUUGGCGAGAAAGGUAAAAGAGGUUCAAAAGAAGGUAAGAGGAAAGUGAUUAGAUUGUUUUGGAGCAGUAUACCUUACUUUCUCCUGAAAAUAGUUGAUUUUGCCUUUUGGAGAUACAUUGGUUAUAUUAUAUUUCAGCAAUUGUUAUCAGACACACUGGCAAAUUAUCGCAAUGCAGUAAUAUAUUUAAAUUCUUCAUAUAGAUCAAAAUUUUAUUGUUUCUUAAUUACAUGUAUCUCCACGUCCUGUUACAUGUUUAACCUUAUGAAUAAUAUUUUAUUCAAGUUCAUGUGUGUGUUUUGGAAUUAAUAAAGACUCUUAAAGGUAAUAA